AUGGCCGCGCUCAUACUUGCCGGGCUGGUCCUCCUGCUGGGGGGCUGCCAUGCGCUGGCCGGCCGGCCGAGCGCCGCCGCCGACCGGCUGCAGCACGCCGCCGCCCUGGGCCGGCCUCCCGGCCCGGGGGACCUCCUGUCGUUGGAUCUGCCGGCUGGCCCCGGCUGCACCGUCUAUGACCGGAUGCUUGAAGAGUGCCUUGUCUGCGAGGCGGGCUUCUUCCUCCAGGCCGGCGGGUGCGCCGCCUGCCCGGGCGGCUGUGUGGCCUGCACCUCGGCCAGCCGGUGCACCGCCUGCGCGGUCGGCCAGUACCUCCACCAGGGGGCCCUGUGCAUGGCCAGCUGCCCGGCCGGGACCUUCCCCACCGGGGGCGCCUGCGAAGGCUGCCCGGCCGGCUGCGCGGCGUGCACCUCGGCCGACCAGUGCACGACGUGCUCGCCCGGGCGGGUGCUUCACGCGGGCGCCUGCUUGGGCGCCUGCCCGGCGGGGACGGUCAAGUCCGCGGGCGUGUGCUGGCCAUGCUGGGCCGGCUGCACGGCAUGCGCCGAGAGCAUGCAGUGCACGGCCUGCCUGGAGGGGUACUUCCUGGAUGGCAGCAUAUGCACGCCCACCUGCCGGGCCAGCUCCUCGCCGGUCGGGACGUCCUGCACCCAGUGUCCGCACUACUGCCGGGCGUGCACAUCGGCCAGCACCUGCGUCGCCUGCUCGACCGGCUUCUUCCUCCACGGGGGGGCCUGUGUGUCCAUCUGCCCGGGGGGGACCUACGGCCGGGAGGGCGCGUGCCAGGCGUGCCCGGCCGGCUGUGCCGGCUGCACCGCGGCCGACCGGUGCACGGCCUGCGCCGGCGGGCGGCUCCUCUCCGAGGGGGCAUGCGUGGCCAGCUGCCCGGCCGGGUCGCGGCCCUAUGCCGGGGCGUGCCUGCCGUGCGAGGCCUCGUGCGCCGAAUGCAACGAGGGCGGCCACUGCACGGCCUGCAUGGCCGGCUGGCUGUUGCACGGGAUCCGGUGCACGGCCGCCUGCCCGGUGCGCACCUUCCAGUCCGGGGCCGCCUGCCUGGCCUGCCCGGCAUACUGCCGCGAGUGCGCCUCGGCCGGCAGCUGCUCGGUCUGCCUGGCGGGCUACCAUCUGUGGGAGGGCCGGUGCUUGGGCAGCUGCCCGGCCGGGACCUUCCCCACCGGGGAGGGCACGUGCCGGGACUGCGCCGCCGGCUGUGCCCGGUGCACGGCGGCCGGCGGGUGCACCGACUGCCCCGGCGGCCAGAGGCUCCUCGGCGGAAUGUGCACGGCGGACCCCUGCCCGGCCGGCACCCGGGACCAUGCGGCCGUGUGUGAGCCCUGCCCGGCCGGCUGUGCCGCCUGCUCCUCGGCGAGCAUGUGCGGCACCUGCGCCGCGGGGUACCUCCUGGAGGGGUGGACCUGCCGGCGGGAGUGCCCCCGGGGGAAGUACCCCUCGGGCGACCGGUGCGUCGCCUGCCCGGUGGAAUGCGCGGCCUGCACCUCGGCCGCGGCCUGCACCCAGUGCCAGCCCCGGCGGUAUCUGGAGGGCGGGGUGUGUCGGUUUUGCCAAAAUGGCUGCGACGGGUGCACCUCCGGGGCCGACUGCGUGAACUGCGCCCCGGGCGAGGUCAUCCACGAGGGCGUGUGCCUGGCCGGCUGCCCGGCCGGGACCUAUGUCUCCGGGGUGUCCUGCCUGGCGUGCGGGCCCGGCUGCGUGGAGUGCACCUCCGGCGCUGACUGCGUGAACUGCGCCCCGGGCAAGGUCAUGCACGAGGGCGCGUGCGUGGCCGGCUGCCCGGCCGGGACCUUCCCCUCGGGCGGGUCCUGCCAGGCGUGCGGGCCCGGCUGCGCGGAGUGCACCUCGGCCGAGCACUGCGUCGCCUGCCCGGCGGGGACGCUCCUGCACCGGGGGGCGUGCGUGUCCGGCUGCCCGGCCGGGACCUUCCUCGAGGGGGCGGCAUGCCGGCCGUGCCCGUCGGGCUGCGGCGCAUGCGCCUCGGCCGGCCACUGCACAUCCUGCGCCGGGGGGCUGCUGCUCCAUGGGGGUGCCUGCGUGGAGGCCUGCCCGGGGGGCAUGGUCGCCGCGGGGGGGCGCUGCGCCGCCUGCCCGGCGCACUGCGAGGCCUGCCCGGCGGAGGACCAGUGCACGGCCUGCGCCGCCGGGCGGGUGUUCCACAACGGCGUGUGCACGGAUGCCUGCCCGGCCGGCAGCUUCCUGGCGCCGGGGAGCGCCUCGUGCCAGGCCUGCGGCCGGGAUUGCGCGGCCUGCACCUCGGCCGACCGGUGCACCGGCUGCCGGGGCGAGUGGCUGAUCCACCGGGGCACCUGCGUGGCGGCCUGCCCGGCGGGGACCUUCCCCUCGGAGGGGCGCGAGUGCGUGGGCUGCGGGGCCGGGUGCGCGACGUGCGCCUCGGCCGACCGGUGCACCGGCUGCCCGGCCGAGCGCUUCCUCCACGAGGGCGCCUGCCUGGCGGCCUGCCCGGUCGGGACCCAUGCCUGGGGGUGGGCCUGCCACGCGUGCCCGAGCGAGUGCACGGCCUGCACCACGGACGCCAGCUGCCAGGCCUGCCGGCCGGGGCUGCUCCUCCACCAGGGGGCCUGCGUGGGGGCCUGCCCGGAGGGGACCUUCCCCUCGGGCGGCCGGUGCGUCGGCUGCUUGAAUGGCUGCUCGAGGUGCCUCGCGGCCGGGCACUGUACGGCCUGCCCCGGGCGCCUGGCCCUGCAUGGGGGCGCCUGCGUGGAGGAGUGCCCGGCCGGGAGCAGCCUGGCCGGGGGGGCGUGCGUGCCCUGCGCGGCCGGCUGCGCGGCAUGCACCGCGCCCGACCGGUGCACCGCCUGCGCCGGCGGCCGGCUGCUGCACGAGGCCCGGUGCCUGGAUGCCUGCCCCGGGGGGACCGUGGCCUCGGGGGGCGGGUGCUUGCGCUGUGCGGCCGGCUGCGCGGCGUGCACGGCGCCCGACCGGUGCACCGCCUGCACCGGCGGGCACCUGCUCCUGGGGGACCGCUGCACGCCGGCCUGCCCCGGGGGGACCUUCCUCGAGGGGGCGGCCUGCCGGGCGUGCGGGCCCGGCUGCGCGGCCUGCGCCUCGGCCGACCGGUGCACCGCCUGCCGCGAGGGCAGCUACCUGGCGGCCGGCCGGUGCGACCGGUGCCCCGGCGGGUGUGCCCGGUGCGACGGGCCGCUGGCGUGCGCCGCCUGCCAGCCGGGGUACUUCCGGUCGGCCGAGUCCGGGGCCGGGAUGCCCUGCGUGGCCAGCUGCCCGGCCGGCGAGGUGGCCAUGCCGGAGUCGAUGGCCUGCCAGGCAUGCCGGCCGGAGUGCCUCCUGUGCGCCGGCCGGCCGGAGGAGUGCCUCCUGUGCGCCGAGGGGUAUGGCUGGGGCGCGGGCGGCCGGUGCCUGGCCUGCCCGGCCGGCUGUGCCACGUGCGUGCACUCGGCGGCCGGGCAGCCGGCCCGGUGCCUGAGCUGCCGGGCGGGCUUCUGGCUGGGCCCGGCCGGGGCCUGCGAGGCGUCCUGCCCGGUGGGGUGGUUUGCCGAUGCGGACGCCGGCCCCGGCCCGGGGGCCGGGCCCGGCGGCCAGUGCCAGCCCUGCGCCAUCGGGUGCACCGGGUGCACCGGGCCCGAGCCGGACCGGUGCACGGCCUGCGCGCAUGGGCUGGACCUGCGCCCGGAGCCCGGGGCCGGGGCCACUUGCCAGUCGGACUGCCCGGCCGGGCGGUACCGGUCCGGGCCCGGGGCCUGUGACCCCUGCCACGGGGCAUGCUCCGCCUGCAAUGGGCCCACGGAUGGCGACUGCUGGCUGUGCGCCGGGGCCCUGGUGCAGGAUGGCCAGUGCGUGCAGCACUGCGCCCCGGGGCAUGUGCCGGUCGGGGGCCGGUGCCUGGCGUGCCACCCCUCGUGCGGCAUGUGCACCGGCACGCGCAGCACCGAGUGCGCCACCUGCGCCGGGGGGCUGCUGGCCAUGCCGGCGGCCGGGGACGCGGGCCCGGGCCGGUGCGUGGCCGGGUGCCCGGCCGGCUUCCGGCCGACGGCCGACGGGCAGGCAUGCGCCCCCUGCGGCGACCGGUGCCUCCGGUGCCCGGACGCCGGCGGCCUGGCCCAGUGCCAGGUGUGCGAGCGCGGGUGGGUCCUGGCGCCGGGGUCGCCGGCCGGCGGCGGCGGCGGCGGCGGCGGCGGCCCGGCCCAGUGCCUGGAGUCCUGCCGGCCGGGCGAGGCCCCGGUCGGGGCGUCGUGCGCCGCGUGCGACGAGGCGUGCGCCACGUGCGAGGCCCCGGGCCGCGGCUGGUGCCUCACCUGCCCGGCCGGCAUCCGGCUCCAUGAGGGGGCCUGCGUGGAGCGGUGCCCGGCCGGGACCUUCGCCGACCGGGCCAGCCGGUGCCAGCCCUGCCACCGGGAGUGCGGGCCGGCGUGCGGCGGCCCCGGGCCCGAGGACUGCCUGGCCUGCCCGGCCGGCCGGGUGCUCCACCGGGGGGCCUGCCUGGCCGAGUGCCCGGCCGGGUUUUACGCGCGGGCGGGCGGCUGUGCGGCCUGCCACGCCGAGUGCCGGGGCUGCAUUGGGCCCGGCCCGGGGGCGUGCACCGCCUGCGCCGAGGCCCGGCUGCUGCUGCCGGACCCGGGGCCCACCGGGGCCGGGGGCUGUGUGGACGCCUGCCCGGCCGGGCACUUUGCCUGUGCCGGGGCCGGGCAGUGUGGCCGGUGUCCGGCCGGGUGCCUGGCAUGCCGGGCCGGGCCGGCGGCCGACGCGCCCGGGCCCUGUCGGCCGGGUGACUGCACGGCCUGCGGCCCGGGGCUGGUGCUUGCCCGGGCCCCGGCCCGGUGCCUGGACGCCUGCCCGGCCGGGGAGUUCCUGCCGGCGGAGGAGCCGAGCCCCGGGCCGGGGGAGGGCCCCCGGUGCGCGGCCUGCGCGCCGGAGUGCGGCACCUGCCGGCACGCGGCCGACCGGUGCACCUCCUGCCCCGGCGAGGGGGGCCUGGCCUGGCUGGACGCGGCCACCGGCCGGUGUGCCGCGGCCUGCGACGCCCCGGGCCAGGUGCCGUACGAGUGGCCCCCGGCCGAGGGGGACGCCUGGCCGGGCCCGGUGGCUCGAGUGUGUCUGUCCUGCGGGCCCGGGUGCGAGGUGUGCCGGGUGGCGGACGCUCGGCCGCCGGGCGGCGCGUGCUGGCUCCUGCCCGGCGGCGGGGUGUCCUGCCCGGUGGAGCCGGAGUGCCGGCGCUGCCGGGGGGGCUUGCUUCUGGGCCCGAGCCCGGGCGGGCCGGCCUGCAUGGAGGCCUGCCCGGCCGGGCACUUCGCCGACUGGGCCGGCGCCCCGGCCGGCUGUGUGGCCUGCGAGCCCGGGUGCGCGGCAUGCACGGGCCCCGGGCCGGAGGGGUGCGCCGGGCCGGGCCCGGGGCCCGAGCGCCCGGCCGGCCGGUCCGUCGGGCUGGCCCUCGGGCUGGGCCUCGGCGGGGGGCUGGCCCUGCUGCUGCUGGUCCUGGCCGGGGGGCUGGUCCUGCUGGCCGGGCGCCGGCGCCGUGCCCGGGCCGCCGGCAAGCCGGCCGACCGGCUGGGCCUCGGUGCUGCCGAGGCCGAGGCCACCAUCCUCAACACCAUCAUGGAGCUGUCGCUGCCGGGCAGCGCCCUGGUCUGCCUGGACCGGGAGUUCCACCUGCUGCCGGGGGAGCCCCUCGGGGCCGGGACCCAGGCGACGGUGGUGGCCGGCCGGCCGGCCGACGCCGGCACCCGCCAGCGGCUGGGCUGCCCGACCACGGUGGCCGUCAAGCGCCUGUCGCUGGACACCGGCCCCGGCGACCUGGGCAUGGCCCUCUUCCAGAAUGAAAUCUCCCUCAUGUGGCUGCUCCGGGGGGCGCCGCAUGUGGUGCGCAUCUUCGGCUACAGCGAGCCCCCGGCCCCGGCCAUCAUCAUGGACCGGUUCCAGGCCGACUUGCAGGGGCUCCUGGACUCGGACAUGCCCCUGGGCCCGGCCGACAUGCUGGGCAUCUGCCUGCAGUGGGCCACCGGCCUGGAGGCCAUGCAUGGGCAUGAUGUGGCCCACUGCGACCUGAAGCCGGGCAACGUGCUGGUGCGCCAGCCCGAGUCCGGCAAGUGGUACGCGGCCCUGGGGGACUUGGGCACGGCCAGGAGCCUGUCCACGGCCCGGGUGUCGGCCAUGCUGACCAGCCCGCCGGAGGUCAACGUCAUGACGGCUCCCUAUGCGUCGCCGGAG